AUGGAUCUCUCAGCAGCAUCAGCAGCAUCUUCAUCUUCUUCUUCUCCUUCCGCCGCGUCAGGAUCGCCUACUGCAUCUCGGUUUUCCGGCAUUGUUAACAGGUCCACAAGCAUUAAAUCGCCUCGCUCCACCACCACUGACGAGACUACCUUCGACCCAAUUAACCGAAGAAAGCGAAUUCAUGGUGUCAUGUUCAAGUACGGUCCCAAUCCUAUCCAGGUUGCUUUUAAAACAGGUACAUUUCAGAGACAAGUCAUCUUUGUCGGUGGACUGUCAAACGGAUUUCUAGCAACUGAUUACUUGGAGCCUCUAGCAAUUUCUUUGGAGAAUGAGAAAUGGUCAUUAGUUCAGUUUCUUCUUUCAUCUUCUUACACUGGAUAUGGCACUUCAAGUUUGAAACAAGAUGCAAUGGAGCUGGACCAACUAAUCAAUUAUUUAAUAAACAAUGAAGAAUCAGAGGGUGUUGUAUUGCUUGGCCAUAGCACUGGCUGCCAGGAUAUUGUUCAUUACAUGCGAACAAAUGCUGCAUGCUCCAGAGCAGUACGUGCUGUUAUUUUGCAGGCUCCAGUUAGUGAUCGGGAAUAUAGAUCAACUCUACCUCAAGCUGGUCCUAUGAUCGAUUUGGCUACAAAAAUGGUGAAUGAAUCUCGAGGCUCAGAAUUAAUGCCAAGAGAGGCUGAUCCAGACGCGCCAAUAACAUCCUACAGAUAUCAUUCCUUUUGUGCAUAUAAUGGGGACGAUGACUAUUUCAGUUCUGAUUUCACCUUGGAGCAACUACAAGAGAAACUUGGUCACAUGUCUAGAAUGCAGUGUCAAGUUAUAUUCUCCAUGAAUGAUGAGAAUGUACCUGAUUAUGUAGACAAGAAAGCAUUAGUUAACAGAUUGUGCAAAGCUUUGGGUGGAGCUGAAAAAGUUGAGAUUGAACAUGGAAAUCACUCAAUCUCAAACAGAGUUGAAGAAGCUGUUGAAGCCAUUGUAGACUUUAUUAAAAGAGAAGGCCCCAAAGGUUGGGAUGACCCAUGGAGCUAAUUUCCCUUUUUUAUUUUAUUA